AUGUCGCAACCAGAAGUCACAGCAUUUCCUGUGAGAUUUUUGCUGGUUUGGAAGGAUGAUAUUGUCAGUGUGAGAGAACUGUAUCGCGAUCGCAGAUACCGUCGUUGCAUCGUACUCUGCUCGCAAUUGCUCGAAAGAGAAGACCAUCCAUUACUGAAGACGUUCCUGUCUUUCUAUCAAGCUGUCUGCUUCGAAAGUCUAGGACAUAUCUCACACGAUCGAUCGAACAACAAAAUCCCACUGCUCGAGCAAGCAAGAGAUGCGUUCAUCUCAGCAAGUGACCUCCUUCCAUUGCCGUUCCGUACUACAGCUGAUGGCAACUACGAUGAACCACAACCACCACCCGCUUGUCCGACUCUGGAUCUGCUAGAGCUCUACGAGAACAGUCCUCCGGCUCCCUCCUCAGUGCCCGAACAGACUAGAGGUCGCCAACCAGAAAGAUGUGUCUCGACCUCGAGAGCAUCCACAUCCUCGCGCUUGCAAGGACCUUUACCAGCAUGCCAUAUCUAUGUCGAUCUUCACUCUUCCGAGUCACCUUACAUGGAUUUAGAAGACGACAGCUACCUUGUUGGGACACCGCAAGAGAAAGCACUAGCCAAAGCCAGACUUAGUCGCAGUCUGAGCUCUCAACACGCUCUGACCGGAGAACUCGUGCCAUCGCCCCUAUUCAGCAAAGGUCCCUCGAGCAGGAAAGGUUCACAAUUACAGUAUGAUGGAAUCAACACACUUUUGCCCUUGUUUACUCUGAACAAACCACUCCCACCAACACCGUUUUCUCGUCCUCUCCCGGAACUGCCUUUCAACCACAAUGCCCAAUUUACUCUCAAAGGCAAGCAUUUCUACAUCGUUCCUCGCAGAAAGACCGCUCUUGCAACAUUAAUAUCAAAAUUUGAAGGACGAAGCCCAUUUGAUGCUGACAGAGGAGGCGGACUUGGUCCGGUCCACAUCGCACAAACCCCUGUGACAAAACGGUUUAAGCGCAUCUCUACCACAUUCAUCGCAAAGAACGACGACAAGGAAAAUGCAGAUCCUUUGACAGUGGAGAGUCCUUGUGAGCAGGAUCCGCCAUCAACCCUGAAAAUGUCCUACAAGCAGAGCUUUGUUCCCAUCACUCCCUGUCCGAAAGGCAACAAGCCCAUCAAGCCUACCACAGGCCUCACAUCCACACUCACCUGCACCACCGAUGAUCGCGAAAUCACCACUCACAUCCUCUUGUCUCAGCCUACCUCUCCAACGACCCACCUCACAAACUACAACGCCACCCUCUGUUCCCUCCGUACCUCCCUCCACAAACACAUCUCCACCGUCACCACCAAAAUUGACAUCGUCCGCAUAACUCAGCAAACCCACGAACUCGAAAAACGUCGCCAAUUCGCGUCCAUGCACUCCCGAUCCCACAAAUAUCAACCACCCUCGUCAACAACUUCCGACGAGAACUAUCCCUUCCAGACUCCACCACCACCACCAGCAGGAAAAGACAUCCGCCUCCGCAGUUUCUGGAGCUUGCAGAUUGCAGACGCACAGUCGAAGAGUAGUGCGGCAGAGGAUGAGAAGGCUAGGAAGAGGAAGAGGAGGAUCGAGAAGUUAAGAGCGGAGGGGUGGAGGACGGUGAGGAAGGAGGCGAGGGAGUUUAAGGGUGUGGAGUAUUAUGAGGAGUUGAGGAGGAGUGUUGAGAGGGAAUUGUUGGUUAUGGGAGUUGCGUGA